GGGUACACUGGUCGAUACCGUCCGCAGUGAAGAAGAUCGAAAAGUAUAAAUCAUUUUUCGGUUUUCAAUUCUUUUUUAAGUUCAACUUGUGUGCUGCUGUGGGAUUUUACGAAGUUAUUAUUCGAGGUUCGUGGGUCUGUAUGUUAUAAGACCGAAUCAGUUUUAUGAUGCGGAACCAAGUUUAUUUCUCGUUGGCCGUCAUUGCGCUUUGUUUUGCGGGCUGCAGUGUUUUCGGCGAGGAAUUAGCCGCAGAGGAGAAGCUUAGGCUCGAGGAUCUCGAUGAUUCUGUUCCAGAGGCAGUUUCGGUCGACGAUGAAGCACUCGUGCGACCGAAACGAACGCUUCUUCUGAAGAAAAAGCUCCUUGGACUUGGAGCUCUUGGUCUAGGCGUUGAAUUUGGAGCUGUUAAGAGUUACGGUUGGGGUGGCCACGGUGGCUACGGUGGUGGAGGCUAUGGCGGAAACUACGGCGGAGGCUACAACGGCUACUACAGGGAAGAAAGUUCCGGCCCAAGUUACGUAUCGCGUCCAGUUUACGUUGAGACACCUGUCUACGUUGAUAGGCCGGUCUACGUCGAGAAGCAGGUUUAUGUACCGAAGCCCGUCUACGUAGAGAGGCCAGUUUACGUCGAGAAGCCCGUCUUGGUUAAAACGACGUACGGACACGUGGAGCCUACCGAACACCGUGGAAAUGGUUGGGGCUGGAACGGAAACGCGAACGCGAACGCGAAUUCAUACGGCGAGGGAAACGGAAAUGGAAACGGAUACGCCAAUUCCUACGCCAAUAGCCAAGCCCAAAGCUGGAGUACUGGUGAUAAUUUCGGACCGUCUUCCGCUGGCGUUGUAACAAGUGAAGCUCAUGCCAGCGCCAGCGCCUCUGUCGGCGGUUCUUCGGGAAAUGGCGCUGGGAAUGGAGGCUACGUUUACUGAAGGUGCCUGAAGAAGAAUCAACGAUUUUCGAAAAACGAAGUGAAAUGCGCUAGAAUUCAGAGUAUUGGAAAAAAACACCUCAUUACUCUUUCUUUGGCCUGAAUCUACAAAAUGGAGGAUUGACUUUUCAAUAGAAGCUAUUUAAUGUACACAUUUUUGUUCCCCACAAAUUGAUUUGAGUUGAUGAUUAUUUAUACUAUAUUAUACGGUUUUUUAUUUCAAAUUAUCUUAUUCUUUGUCAGUCUUACCUCAAGCAACAUAUUUCGGAAGCAAAUUCAUGCGAGAUUAUAAUAUAUGUACUGUAGCGAAUUGAAAAAUAGAUUCUUAACGGUUUAUAAAUCGCGGAUCAUCACUUGCAAUUAUAGAUAAUAAUUACACUUUGAUAUUUGUGACAUACCUAUCGUUGUACAAUAUUAUACUUGUCAUAUGUAUCAUACAAUAAUGUAUAUUUAUAGAUCCUAUUUAAGUCAAUUUUUGUACAAAUAAAAUAAUUCUUACCUGCGUA